UUUAAUAAAAAAUCGUGCAACUAGAACCCGUCGUUCGCUACGGUUUCGUGCGUAAAUUCCCGUAAUAUUGUACAAUUUCCUUCGGAUCCCGGUCGAGAUUGCGCGGUCAAGUAUUCGCGCAUCCGUCGCUGUAAGUGAAGAUUGUUCUCGGGGACCGCGUUGAGAAUAAAAUCGUAACGAGUAGAAACAAGGUUCAGAAGGAAGUUCAGUAGCAGCGCUUUGCACACCAGUUCAAAUAAGACGGAAAAGCUUCUUCAGAUUUCCGUCCAAUUCGGAAGCAACAAGUGGAUUUCAGGUGCUAGACGCGAUUGGAAAAGUGGUGGGAAGUGUAGAAAUUUGGUUGAUGCAGAUUCACAGAUUUGAGAAGUGCGCGAAAAAUCAGUUUUUGGUUCACAGUGAGCCCGGAAUGCGCAAAAUAGUGCCAUUAUUUUGAAAAGUGCUACUGGUUUUGACACUUACAAAGCGAACACCAACACUGGCGCGAGGAUCACCACCACACGGCAGCACGCGAGCGAAACCUGUUUUGUGUUGAUGCUGUCUCGACGACGGGGCUACGUGCUGGUUUCGUCCUCGAUAUUGACUCUUUUGCUGGCGCAGCAUAAAGGUGUAGAAGCAGCCGGGAGUAGCAGAAGCAUAGGUGCCCGCGCGGCCGUACGCAGACACGCACAGCGACCCGCGUGUGCACAUUACUGAGCCGACGUCGCGGCGCGGAGCAGCGCUCUUCUUUCAUCUUUACUCGAUCGCUGCGGAUUUUGGAUUGGAUUAUGAUCAACAUCGUCGUGGUCGCCUAAUUGAGUCUUCACUUUGAUCAUCUCUAUACGGAGCCAUCCUGCAUUCAACGGUUUACGGUGGGAUUAAGACGAAUACGGAUUGCGUUGUUGAAUGAAAUUUAUUUUGACGGUUUCCACAAUGCACCUGGGCACUACAGCAGAACUACUUCACCGACACGCAAGGCACGUGUUAACGUGCGACUGAAAAAAACAGCUUCUGUAACGUUCAUCAAUCCCGGGAAAGUGCAGUCGCAUUCCGCAUCCCAACCCGCAUUCCAUGGUUCUACAGAACGAGAAGGAACUGAAAAAGGGUCUUGGGCCCUCCCUAGGCCCUGGACCACCCCCAGCAGCCGUCGUGACCGAUAGUGGGACCACGCCGUCUCCCACCAUCGCUGUCACCGAUGUGUCCAUAAUGUCCCCGCCUUCCACACCACACUUAUCGUCGUCCUCCACCUCAUCAUCAUCGUCAUUAUCAUCGUCAAUUCGAAACAACAAUGGACAACCCGUCAUCAAACGACAGCGAAUUGAAAAGGCGUCCGAUGUUGUGGACAGCAGUAACAGCACAUCCUCAACCGCUGCGGCUGUUGCAGCCCUUGUCAACUGUGCGGCCAGUUCCAGUGGGAACUCGUCGAACGGAUCGUCACUAGGGGCAUCUGCCUGUUCCAGUUCAACGUCCUUGUCUUCUUCGCCUCCUACUGCAUCUUCUUCAUCCUCAGUGUUGUCCGGUUCGUCUUCGAAAAUUCUGGACGUCAGCAAUGGCAGCACCAGUAGUAGCAGUAGCGGUAUUGGGGCGGAAGAUAUGCUGCUCAAACAGGUUCACGAUUACCAGGCGCUGUUCCAGGGCGCCAUUGCUAAGCAGUGUUUGUGUGGAUUGGAAACCGAGGUGCUGCUGAUGUCUUUGCAAUCGUACUAUGUGUGUUCCGGGAGUAGCUCCCAGGGAAUACAGCGGCAGCUGCUACCGAUGAUUGAGUGGCCGUUUGAGUACCUGCUGAAAUUCCUGUCCAACGUGCAGCUGCUGUUCGAUACGUACUUGAAGCAGAACAUCAAGGGCAACAUCUGUUCCGGAGUGAUGGAUUUGUGUAACUAUCUGGUAAGGAGCGAACAUCUUCAUCCGGACGGGGAGUUUGUGGGAAUGAACAUCGAUGAGAUUAUAGGAUUAUGUAAUUAUAAUAACAAGUUUAUCAAUUACCUAUCGGGACGGAUACUCUCGUCGUUUCUGAUCAUAGUCAAAGACGACUUGUAUGAUCGGUGGUUAGAGAAAAUAGUGGCGAAUCUGUUUGAUUUCAACCAGCUGGAUAUAUUGGCGGUAAAGAAAGUCAACUUUAGUUUGGAUGUCAUUCAGAGGAUAGUGGAGUGGAAAGAUGAAACGGAACAUCCUUUAGAUGAUUAUAUUCAAGGACAGGAGGCCAGUAGUAGUGACGCUGGUCCAUCUAGUGCCAUGGGAUAUGAUCAUCAUCAGCCUCAUUACCACCAAGUGCCUGCCCCACCGCCUUUGGAGAACAAUUACUUUGCAACGCAUUACGGCUCCCAGCAAUACGGUAGCGAUACUGGAGCGAGUAGUAUCUUCAGUCCUUCAACAUCAUCUUCGUCAUCAGUUCAUCCUGUACCAGUGCAUCACAGUAGUUCUUUAAGUCAUCCAUCAGCCGCCCACCAUCCGUCGCUGUCGUCUUCCGGUGGUCUGCUAUGCCAUAUCAUCAACCUAACGGACUCGGAAAGUUUCGAUACGACAAGUAUCAAAUGCGAAACGGUCAACAAACUGGGCAAAAAGUGGCCUGCCCUGGUUGAAGUCGUCAGCCGAAUGAUAAAAGCCCUGUCCGGUUCACAGUCUCAGAAUCCGCAAAGCCUAACGGCAAUCGCUACCGAAACCUGCAUCUUAACGUUCCUCCGGCUGUGGGAGAGCAUUAUCAGUGUAAAAGCAAACCUCUCCGUGGUAGAAACGCAGCCCUUUCAUGCACAGUUGGAUCACUUCCAGUUGCUGUUGCUAUCCACUAAGAACUCAGUCAUCUACAAGCAGAUGUUGACACUGUUCAACGAAGCCCUUUGCUACGGAAGUACGCUGGCUUUGCAGGAUUUCAUUCCUGAUGAGGUGGGCAGUUUGGCGCACAAUGUAGUUCGGUGUGUUAAGGAUCAUAGGAUACUGGAUAAGAUGCCCAAAUCCACCUACACUAGUCCGCUUGGGUUCAUCGGGUACAAAGGAAGCAUGAUUCGAUAUCAUGAUAAUCGAUUAUCUCCCGUGACGGACCAAAAUGGCCGAGUGCCUUCAGGGGAUGAGCUGGCGGGUGGUAGUAGCGGUACUAGCGACAGUGCAAGUGCCAGCAAUAGCGUGGUCACGUGCGGAUAUGAUCGUACUUUGAUGCAAAAAAUGGCCCUGCUGGUGCUGAAAGCUGUUGCAGUCAUAGUCAAGGAAAUUCGCUGCGAUUCGAGCGAUUCCAGCGUUGACAGCAGCGAUUUCGAUAUGCAGGAAAUCCAAAUGAUUGAACGUAGCAUCCGGGAUGUGGUCAGAAAGCUGGAAACUUUCUUGAAAAAUCGGCUAGAGUUCCAUCCAGACAACCACUUUAGCAAGGUGCUGAUACAUCUGUUCGACGAUCAGGAUGAUUACCUGGUGGAGGCAAUGGUGUGCACGCUGGACGUCACUUCUGGAAUUUCAUUCCGGAACAAUGCCUUCCCGGAGCUGAUCGCCAUCCUGAAUCCGGUGUACACCUUCAUCGAGUUUUCCAACCUCGGCCCGAACAUUACCCAUCUGUUUCUGGAUCUGCUCAUCAGCACGGAGACGUGCUUCCUACUGUACCUGUUGCGCUUCCUGAAGUACAUCCGCCAGAAUUGGUCCAUGUUCAUGCAGAGCUGCCUGACGUACUCGCAGCACAACAACUACAGCAACGCGAGCACGCUGCUGCAAAGUGUCCGCAAUACGAACAUCGUUAUCAACCCGAACAGCAACAACGUGAUCCUGGACAGCGUGAUGACGGUGCUGAUCAGUUUGCGGUUGCAGAUCAGCCGACAGGUGGCGGACGCCAUCUUCCCGUACAAUAUUGGGCCGAUUCUGCGGUUGAUCGAGAACUGCGAGAGCUUGUACGAGGGCAAUGAGUUGAGCUGAGGUGAGUACCGAAACGGAAGGAAUGAGUGGUCAGAGAACGAAACGAAAGUUUCCUAGCGCAGGAUAGAAUGUUAAGUUAAGCAGAGGGUAUUUAUGAAUAAGCUGGUUUUUGACAAGUGAAUAAAACAUUAUUUGUAAGUUGGAGCCUAUUUAAUAUGCAUAAAUUUGAUUUAAAAACA